GCUGUGCUUGACCAGUCUUCUUCAAGCUCAUCAGUGUGCGGUGUACUUGCCUGAAGGACGUCAAGAGCUGUCAAAUCCGCUCGGAGAGACAUAAACUAUGUUUUUGAGGGAUUAACUUCAAAGAAGAGCGACCAUUACUAGCAGUUUUCCAGCCUCACACCUUCCAGAGAGUCCACCAUGCUGUCCAGGCUAAGGAGUACCAUUUCCUGGAGGCCGGUGUGUGUGUCUGCCUGCAGAUGGGCCCACACCAAAGAGAAGGGGAAGCCGCUCAUGCUCAACCCCCGCACUAACAAAGGAAUGGCCUUUUCUUUACAGGAGCGACAAAUGUUGGGCAUACACGGCCUGCUGCCCCCUAAAGUAGAAACCCAAGACCUCCAGGCCAUGCGCUUCCAGAACAACCUGAAGAAAAUGACAGAUCCCCUUGAAAAGUACAUCUACCUGAUGGGCAUCCAGGAAAGGAACGAGAGGCUCUUCUACAGAGUCUUGAUGGGGGACAUCGAGGAGCUGAUGCCAAUUGUUUACACUCCCACUGUGGGCUUGGCCUGCACACAGUAUGGACACAUCUUUAGAAGGCCCAAAGGCUUGUUCAUUUCCAUUUUGGAUAAAGGACACAUCCGCUCCAUCCUGGACAACUGGCCAGAGACCAAUGUGGCUGCCGUAGUAGUGACUGACGGAGAGCGUAUUCUAGGCCUUGGGGAUCUGGGAGUUUACGGCAUGGGAAUCCCUGUCGGAAAACUCUGCCUGUACACCGCCUGUGCCGGCAUCCGACCUGAGAAGUGUCUCCCCGUGGUGAUCGACGUGGGCACGGACAACAAGACUCUCCUUAAAGAUCCACUCUACAUGGGCCUGUACCAGAAGAGAGACCGCUCCCAAGCGUAUGAUGACCUCAUUGAUGAGUUCAUGGAGGCCGUGGUGGACAAAUACGGGCAAGACACCUUGAUACAGUUUGAAGACUUCGGGAAUCACAACGCCUUCCGCUUCCUGAGGAAGUACAGGGAAAAGUACUGCACCUUUAACGACGAUAUUCAAGGCACUGCAUCAGUCGCCCUUGCUGGUCUGCUGGCAGCUCAGAGAGCCACAGGGAAGCCGAUCACGGAACACCGGGUGCUUUUCCUGGGAGCGGGAGAGGCUGCUCUCGGCAUCGCAAACCUGAUUGUCAUGGCCAUGAUGGAAUUGGGAAUGUCGCAGGCGGAGGCCAGGGAGAAGAUCUGGCUGUUUGACAAAGAUGGCUUACUUGUAAAGGGAAGAACGCAGACGAUGGACACGAACCAAGAAGCGUUUGUUCACGACAGUCCGGGUGACGUUCACAACUUCCUGGAUGCUGUCAACACCAUCAAACCUACAGCUAUUAUCGGAGUAGCCGGAGCCGGCCGACUGUUCAGCCAUGAUGUCAUAAAGGCCAUGGGGACCCUGAAUGAGCGGCCAAUCAUCUUCGCCCUGAGUAACCCCACAGCCAAGGCAGAGUGCACAGCAGAGGACGCCUACACACUCACUGAUGGGCGAUGUCUUUUCGCCAGCGGUAGCCCAUUUGGUCCAGUAACUCUGACUAAUGGACGAGUCUUCACCCCCGGACAAGGAAACAACGCUUACAUCUUCCCAGGCGUGGCUCUGGCUGUGAUCCUGAGUGGAGUACGACACAUCAGUGACACCGUGUUCUUGGAAGCGGCUAAGACACUGGCAGAACAGCUAACUGAUAAAGAGCUGGAGGAAGGCCGCCUGUAUCCGCCUCUCUCCAACAUCAGAGAGGUUUCCCUCCAGAUGGCCGCCAAGGUGGUGGAGUACGUGUACGCUAAAGGCAUGGCGUUUCGCUACCCAGAGCCAGUGGACAAGAACGCCUUUGUGCGUGCAACCGCGUGGAACACCGACUAUGACUCCUUCCUGCCGGAUACUUACGACUGGCCUGGGGUCAGCUUCAGCCCCAAAACUACCUAAGGAGGUAACUGCGCUGUGCUGCUUUUAGAACAAUGUCUGUCAAACUUGUUUGCCCUCUAGUGGUGGAAAUCAGCAGUGUGAAAAUACUGUUUUAGUACUAAAUGCUUUGCAAAUUUACCUCUUAAAAGCACUCCAAAUAGAAGAAUCAUCACGCAGCAGCUGAACCAAUAUCCACUCCACCCAGUAUUAUCUGAUUUGUGGCAGCUGUAGGAGUUGUUUACUAUUGUUGGUGAUUCACAGCACAUUGUUGAUUUGUUUUGUAUUGCUGUCUCAAAAUUGUGUGUAAAUUAGUGAUGCUACAAUGAUCCGCCACCGAUGAGUAUCGGACAAUUCCAUGAUGAGCGCUUUGCCUUGCUGUCACUGGCGGUAGCUAGCUAGUAAGAUCGCUAGAGUUAAUCUGCCUAGCUUGACUUUUUUCCCCAUUACACAUUCUGUUUUUAAAACAAAAAAAAUGUGGUUUAGUUUGGAGCUCGUUUUUGCCCCACAUGAAAGUGGAUAUCACAUUCAUGCGGUAUGUACUAACUUUUUCAAGUGUCACUGAACAAUUUUUUCUCAUUAUGUCUUGUCCUCAAAAUAUUCUCCCUUGUAGCGUAGAAGGUGUAAAAAAUAUACGUGGUCUCAAGCUGCUGUGCCUUCUUCCCUCCAUGUUGUUCAACCAGAAGUUACUGAUUAAGAUGCCAUGAAUGCAUCAUAUUCUCCUAAUGGAUUUAAAUCUAGAUGUUUUUAGACUUGGAAAGUACACAGUCACCGACUUGGAUUCUAUAUUUUAAUAGAAAAACUCUGGAAUCAAAGUCAGUUUCUUCUAGUUUCUAACUAGACAAGCUCACGUCAUCAUCUAAAUCAAGACAAUAUUUUUAUGUUAUUGAUAUUUUUAUAGUGCAUAGUCAUUUUUGCACCACGUUCUUGUAAGAAUGAGACAAACAUAAAUAUGAGCAGUUUUCUAGGUCUAUUUUUCUAAUUUGCCGCCGUUUUAAGACUUUUUGUACACAAAAAGCAUUGUUGACCUCACACACUGGAAAACUAAUUAAUUAACCUCAUUACCUACUAACUAGCCUAUUACUUUUAAUUACAUUUAUUUGAACCAUGCAUCCAUUUUCAAAUAAAAUAAAUGCUUUUUGUAGUAAUAUUCGAACUGCGGUGAAAUGUUACUGUCAUAUAUUUAUUUAAAGAAAACCUCCAUGAAGUUGCUGCGUCCUACUGUGUCUCAUGUUGUUGUGGUGUCAGUACUAAACAUGAAAAAAAUGGCCUUACCCUGUUUGCAAAGAACAGAAUGUUGAUGCUGCGUAUUAAUACACAUUGUGAAAAGUGAUUAAAAACCUUUUUUCAAAA